AGAGAGUGGGAAAAUGCCCAGACCUCUCACGGAAAUUUUCCCAGAGAUGUCCUCCUGACACCAUUGACCAAUGCAAAUAUGACGAAGAUUGUACCGAGAAUAAUAAGCAGAAAUGUUGCAAGAUUGGCUGUGGCAAGAUUUGUUUUAAUCCAGGUGACCUUGCCUUAAUCAGUGGUAACAGUGUGUGCCCGGUUUUACCGAGGCCUAAUCCGUGUCCUAACGAGCCAAAUCAGUGUCUAAAAAGAGAUGAAUGUGUUAGUGGGAAGGAGUGCUGCUCUGAUGGUUGCAGAAUGAUCUGUGUUCAACCCGUCGUAGUCCCAACUAAAGAACCAGCUGAAAGAAAAAGUUGUAGUGCCAUAGUGGACGUCGCCUUCAUCAUUGAUUCGUCCGGGAGUAUUUCCAGAAGGAACUACGGAAAAAUCAAAGCGUUUGUGAAGGGCAUUGCUGGAAGACUUGGCAUUUCGACGAAUGGUAGUCGGGCAGGUAUCAUCUUAUACAGCACAAAAGCCUCAGUCAAAGCGUACUUCAACGACUCCCGCACCAUAGAAGAGUUUAAAAGGAAGGUCGACGAGCUUCCCCACGAAAGAGGUCUUACUUACAUCAACAAGGCUCUCGAACUGGCGUCAUCGGAACUUUUCUCACGCGCGCGGAAAGAUGUACCAAAGGUGGCAAUGUUGUUAACUGAUGGCGAGCAAUCGAAGCCUGAGAGCACGUUAAACCUGAGAGAUGCGUCCGCGCCUUUAAGGCAGCAAGGAGUGCGUGUGAUCGCUUUCGGUAUUGGAAAGAGAAUUAAUGUGCGCGAAUUGCGGUUGACAGUAGAACGAGAUGAAGAUGUGAUAAGAGUAAUGAAGUUUGAUGAUUUGAUUACCAAAGUGGGGAAUUACACCAAUAGUCUUUGCGAAGCGGCUGUGACAGAACCAAUCCACCCUGAUGCUGACAUUAUCUUCUUGAUGGACUCUUCCGUGGGCGUAUCCAGGGAACAGUUGAUUUUGCAGCAACAGUUCGUCCGUCGUUUGGCUCGUUACUUCAUUAUAUCCCCACUUGGGCCACGUGGCGCGUUGGUCACUUAUGACAGAGCUUCAUUUACCGUCAUAGGCUUCUCCGAUUAUGGAAGUACAGCAGACUUCAGUCUUAAAAUCAAUGACGCUCGAUUACGCGGUGGCUCGCGGAGAAUCGACCAAGCGCUCAAUUACGCUACGAAAAUGUUCCAGGACACCGGACGAGAGGGUCUAAGAAUUGUUAUUCUCUUGACCGCGGGUAAUUACUACUCGGGACCUGGAGCUGAUACUAUGUCUUCUGUUGUGAUGAGAUUGCGCAGUAUCGACGCACAUUUGUACGUGAUAGGUAUUGGCUCCCAGUUUACACCAUCAGUAUUCACGCAAAUGGUUCGCAAACCCAGAGACAUUUUUCAAGUAGCCUCUUUCCACGAUUUGGAACCAUGGCAAUCGCGUAUCGCGAGAACUCUGAGACAUACUUCGAAUGCCUUUAAGUAUGAACCAGCAGACUUUCGUUCAGAUAUAAUAUUUCUCAUGGACUCAUCAAGUUUCGUGACAAAGGAGAACUACAUACUAGAAAAGAACUAUGUAAAGCUGAUGGCACGCCUCCUGAAUCUCGCCAGUAACAGAAGCCGCGCUGCUCUGUAUGCAUUCAGCGACCGUCCCUCACUGCAAAUCACAUUUGAUGGUUACGAAGACCGUGAGGCGUUCGACACAGCUGUCAACAGCGCACCUCAUCUCCAAGGUGACCGCCGCAUCGACAGAGCAUUUGAGGCUGCAGCGGAGCUUCUGCGAACAAGAUCUCGUUCAUCUGUACCCAAAUACGUCAUUCUCUUGACAACUGGAAGGCAAUCGCAGGUGGCUGAUAUGCGCUCCCUGAGAGAGACCUCGCAGCAGAUUCGAACAUAUGGUGGCAGAGUCUUUGUUGUUGCUAUUCUUACAGGAGGAUAUACUGUUCGUGACUUUUGGCAGGCAGUUCAAAGACCUGAGGACGCCAUGUCCGUUCCAUCGUUUAUCAAUCUACUUCCACGCGCCCCUUUCAUGGCCUCACGUAUCAUGGCAACGUGGCGAGCCCCAGAGGCGCCAACGUUUGCCGCUGAUAUCGCUUUCAUCCUGGACUCUUCCUCCGCAGUAACACCCUUCCAAUACACUAGAGCUCAACGAUUUGUCAGAAUAUUGUCAGAGUACUUGAACAUUUCACCAGGAAAAUCUCGGGGAUCGUUGAUCACAGUAGGAGAUUCUCCUAUAGUGAACUUCAACUUUGACGGCUAUAACACACAUGCCGAAUUCAGAACUCUGGUAACCGAUGCGUCAUAUUUGGGCGGCAGUUCUUCGAUCACCAGCGCCUUAAGGACAGCGGCGACUAUGUUUACUGGCGCGCGUAGGUCUUACCCCUGGCUGGUUAUCCUCGUUACCCCGUGGAGACCGAGAGACAUACGGGAUACCAGGGCUCUAGAAGCCGCUGCUAGUCCUUUAUUGAAGCGUGGGAUCUGGUUGUACGUGCUAUCCGUUAGUGAGAACCCGUAUGUCGGUUGGCUACGUCCAGUGGUUGUGGAACCGCGGGAUGCCUUUUCAGUUGUUUCUUACCGCGAUUUACCAGCGAAUAUCGGGUCUUUGGCUGGCUAUAUAACAGCUGAUAAUUAUCUCUAUGGAGGCUCCAAAUUCCUGUUGGACAUCAUAUUCCUGAUAGAUUCCUCGUCAGGCAUCAAUUCCAGGGACUACAGCAUCGAGAAAUGGUUUGUCCAAAGGAUAGCAAUGCACCUUGGUGUGUUCCAAGGCGAAACUGUAGCUGGUGUGGUAACGUAUGGAGGUAAUGCCUCAGUCGUAUUCCCCCUUGGAGGCUACAGAUCCAAUUCAGAGUUUAUUCGGCGCUUGAAUGACGCUCCAAGUAUGGGAGGUGUGCGACAGAUUGACCGUGCUCUCGAUACUGCGGCUGCUUUACUCUUAAGAUCUCGAUCGACUCUGCCGAAGGCGGUCGUUCUCAUAACAGCCGGCGAUCAAAGCACGGCACCGGGGACCAUUCCCAUAGGAGAAGCUUCUCGGCCUCUUCGUCAGCUGGGAGCCUGGGUCUACGUUACGGCUAUUGGACGAAUGGACGCCAGGGAACUGCAAAAAGUUACGAUAAGACCGACAGACAUGUUCUUUGCAAGUUCGUUUCCAGGACUUUAUGGAUUUGUCAGGCCAGUGGGUACAUACGUGGCUAAUACCUCGGUCAUAACAGGGACAUCUUCCUUGAACGCAGACAUCGUAUUCAUCAUUGAUUGUUCUUCAAGUGUUCUUUAUCGCGAGUACCAAACACAGAAGGACUUCGUGAAGUCUCUUGCACAGUACUUAAACAUCCAGCCCGGGCUGUCUCGGGUGGCGCUCGUAGUGUACGGUAGUCGAGCAAUGCCCGUCCUUCGCUUCGACAGUUCCAGGACCAUUGAGCGCUUUUAUUCCGAGCUUGCCAAGACGCCAUACCUCGGAGGACCCCGAAAUGUCGACAGGGCCCUAACAAUGGUCAUGCAACGUAUUUUCGUAGACGCCCGGGAAAACGUCCCCAAGAUCGUGCUGUUGUUUAUGGCGGGAAAACAGUCGGGUGAAUCAGGCUCGUUAAGAGAUUCAGUUCGACCGCUCCACCUACAAGGGAUUAGGACUUUCAUUUUCCGCAUUGGAUCAGAACCAGCACUGAGGGAACUUCAUGCGGCUGUUGAUCUUCCUGGCGAUGUUUUCGAGUUUGCAAGUUUUGCAGACUUGGAUUCGAAGACGGCACCAUAUCUGGCGAGGCACAUACCUUAUUCUUCGGCUUUCCUGGGACCACUCAGCUUAGCUGUGGAAGUCGUUUAUCUCAUUGAUUCGUCUGCAUCAGUGACAUCACAACAUUACAAUGAUCAAAAGACAUUCGUGAAGCAAUUGUCGCGAUUUUUAAACAAGAUGCCAGGCCGCACCAGAGUUGCUGUAAUCACAUACGGAUCCACUGCGACCGUGAUUUCGAACUUUGGUGGCACAAGCACGACUCAAGAGUUUCAUAACGCUCUGGACAACGCGCCAAAAGUCGGAGGACCGCGAAGGAUGGACCGAGCAGUCGACAAAGCGCGAACUGCUUUGGCAAAAGCGAGACCGGCGGUGCCUAAAGUUGUCAUUCUAUUGACAGCAGGAAAUCAACAAGCGGGGAUUCAGGCGUCGAUUCUAGACACGUCGUUCAAGCAACUUUACAAUCUUGGGGCUCGACUUUAUGCUGUGACUAUCUCUCCGCCAAUCUUUUUAUUGCCUUUGAGGGGCACUGCGGGUUCGGAUUGGUUCCCAGUGAGGAAUUUUAUCGAUCUUCCUCGCCAUGUCGUGCCAUUGUCAAGAUAUGUGGCCCACGAUACAGGUUUGUGACGUUUAUCGUUGCCAAUGCUUUCCUUAAAUUUUGUGUGUAAUGCAAAAAGUGACGAAAUGAGGGUUAACAAAGUCGCCAUAUUGCUCACCGGUGGAAGGCAAUCACCUGAUGGGGGAUCUUUGGUGGACGCAAUGCAACUAAUGAAAAACCGUGAUGUCAUCACCUACGUAAUAGCUGUGGGAGGUGAAUCUGACGUCCCCGUCCAAAGACCACAGGACAUGUUCCGCAUGGCGUCGUACAAUGAUCUUCCGAGACAAGUUCAAACCAUUGCAGGCACCAUAACUGCACCAAGAGUUGCAAUAGUUACAACACCUGCGCCUACAACAACCCCAGAUCCUUGCGCCACACGUAGCUGCAAUGCUCCAUAUAGCGAGGGUUGCAGAGCUUUGAACAACAGGGCACAGUGCAUAUGUCCCACCUGUUCCAACGUCCUGAAGCCUAUUUGUGCAUCUGAUGGUGUACAGGAUCAAAGCGAAUGCAACAUGAAACAGCAAGCUUGUCGUGGUAAUAUAUGGGUUAACGUUACGAACGAAGGACCAUGCGAUAAGGAAUGCAGCCCUCUUUUAGAUAUCGCUUUUAUCAUCGAUUCUUCUGGAAGUAUUGGCCGGAUGAAUUGGGAAAGAACAAAACGUUUUGUUAAGGCUGUGAUCAGCAAACUCGAAGUUAGUCCUUCCGCAGCGCAUGUGGCUGCCAUAUCAUAUAGCACCAAUCCUCGGGUGGUGAUCAGGUUUAAUAGCUUCCAAGGGACACUGCAGGUCAAUCAAGUAUUCGAUGAUAUGCGAUGGGAGCGUGGCUACACCUACACAGACAAAGCUCUUCUUUUAGCAGACUCAGAGCUAUUUCAGACUUCAUAUGGGAUGAGGUCAAAUGUAAAGAAGAUUGCCAUCGUGAUCACAGAUGGUAAGCAGACGACGACAUUGCAGUACACCAAACUUUCAGAGGCCUCGAGAGGAAUAAAAAACAAAGGGGUCAUUGUCUAUGCCAUUGGGGUUGGUAGUGGAGUUGACCAAGCAGAGUUGGAAGAGAUUGCAUCUGAACUGGAUUAUGUAUUUACAUCGUCAUCAUUCGAAAGCCUCCAGAACGAGGCUUCAAAAAUACGAAAGAGUGUAUGCGAAGUAUCAAAACUUGAUCCCUGUCUGACCACUCCCUGUAAUGCUCCAUACAACCUCGGAUGCAAAGUUGUGGACAAUACAGCACAGUGCAUAUGUCCCACCUGUCCGAACAUACUGAAGCCUGUUUGUGCAUCAGAUGGCGUCGAGGACCUGAGUGAAUGUCAUUUAGAACGUCAAGCCUGCCAAGGAAAUGUUAAUGUUUCUGUUGCGAAGCGAACAUCAUGUGACAAAGACUGUCGACCCAUCAUGGACAUAGCUUUCAUCAUUGACUCCUCUGGUAGCAUUGGGAGCAGUAACUGGGAAAGAAUGAAGCGAUUCCUUAAAGCGCUGGUCAGCAAACUUGACGUUAGUGCUUCUGCCACACACGUGGCAGCUGUCGCUUACAGUACGAAUCCACAGGUGGUGAUGACGUUCAGAAACUUUCAAGGAACAUCUCAGGUUAAUCAGGUGUUAGAUUUUAUGAGAUGGCAACGCGGCUUGACCUAUACGGACAAAGCUCUCCAGCUUGCAGACAGAGAACUUUUUCAGACUGCAAAGGGAAUGAGAUCUAGUGUACCAAAGGUAGCCUUUGUAAUCACAGAUGGUAAGCAGACGACAACGGGAUCGUACACGCAGCUUUCCGUGGCUUCUCAAGGAAUGAAACGCAAAGGUGUCACUGUAUACGCUCUCGGGGUCGGCAGCGGGGCCGACCGAGCUGAACUUGAACAGAUUGCCUCGGGAUCACAAAAUGUUUAUACUUCAGCAUCAUUUAAAGAUCUAAAGAAAAUAGCCGGAGGGAUAAGACGCCACUUUUGUAGAGCGUAUGUUACUGGACCCUCAACAACUCCAACACCAACUACUCCAGAUCCAUGUGCUAUAGGCUGCACUGUUCCGUUCAAUGAAGGCUGCCGUGUAGUGAACAAUACUGCACAGUGUAUUUGCCCCACUUGCCGAAAUAUAGUCCUCCCUGUAUGUGCAACUGAUGGAGUACAGGAUCAGAGCGACUGCCACAUGAGAAGACAAGCUUGCCGGGGAGAUAUAGGUGUUACUGUUGCAAAGCAGGGCGCGUGUGAUAAGGAGUGCCGCAAUGUGGUGGACAUCGCCUUUGUUAUCGACUCAUCUGGAAGUAUUGGUCGCAAAAAUUGGGAAAGAAUGAGGCGAUUCCUAAAAGCUCUGGUCAGCAAACUUGACGUCGAUUCCUCUGCCACUCAUAUAGCUGCUAUUGCAUACAGUACCAAACCUAAAGUGGAAAUGAAAUUUGACGGCUUGCAGAGUACCAACCAGGUUAAUCGAUUAUUUGAUAGAAUGCUAUGGCAACGUGGUGUUACCUACACGGACAAAGCUCUCCUUCUUGCAAACAAAGAGGUGUUCCAGACAUCAGGCGGGAUGCGACUACACGUACCAAAGUUAGCAAUUGUGGUCACAGACGGCAAUCAAACAAAAGUACCAUCUUACACCAGACUUUCAGUAGCGUCUCAAGGGAUGAAGGACAAAGGAGUCAUUGUAUAUGCCGUGGGAGUUGGUAGGGGAGCGAACCACGCAGAGUUAGAAGAAAUUGCAUCCGGAUCACAAUACGUUUUAACAUCGUCAUCAUUUCAGGAUCUCCAGAAUCUCGCCCCAGAGAUGAUAAGGCGAUUGUGUGAGCACAAACUAUCAGUUCCAACUCCACCCUCGACAACACCGCCUUUGCCAACUACCCCAGAUCUUUGCCAAACGACGGGCUGCAGAGCUCCAUACAAUAUUGGCUGCCGCGUAGUAGACAAUAAGGUGGAGUGCAUUUGCCCAGCUUGUCAGAAUAUAUAUCGACCUGUUUGCGCAACAGAUGGUGUUCAGGACUUAAACGAGUGUUAUCUAAGACAACAAGCUUGUCAGGGAGAUAUUAAGGGCGUAACCGUUGCCAAGCAGGAGCCUUGUGAUAAGGAAUGUAGCGCCGUUGUGGACAUUGCAUUCGUAAUUGAUUCAUCUGGGAGUAUCGGACGUAAGAACUGGGAGAAAAUGAAGCGAUUCCUCAAGGCUUUGGUCAGUAAACUUGAUGUUCGUCGCUCUGCCACACACAUAGCAGCUGUUGCAUACAGUAACAAUGCCGUAGUAGUAACAAGGUUUAAUGACAUCCAGAGCACAAUAGAGGUAAACCGAAAGUUAGAUGGGAUGCGUUGGCAACGUGGCUUCACUUACACGGACAAAGCUCUUCUCCUAGCUGACAGAGAUCUGUUUCAGACAGCAAACGGGAUGAGAUGGCGAGUACCUAAGUUGGCCUUUGUGAUCACAGACGGUAAUCAAACCACGUCAAAGCCCUACACCAAACUUUCAGUGGCUUCUCAAGGGAUGAAAAACAAAGGCGUAACUGUGUAUGCUCUCGGAGUUGGCAAUAAAGCUGCCCGUGCGGAGCUUCUGGAGAUUUCAUCUGGCCCACAGUAUGUUUUUAGCUCGUCAUCAUUCGAAGAACUUCAAAGGCUCGUCUCACUGCUGACAAGAGAAUUUUGUGAGGACAGGCUAACUAUUACCACCACGGUUCCAACUCCACCCUCGACAACACCGCCUUUGCCAACAACCCCAGAUCCUUGCCAAACGACAGGCUGCAGAGCUCCAUACAAUCGUGGCUGUCGUGUUGUAGAGAAUCAAGCAGAAUGUAUUUGUCCACUCUGUCCCGAUGUUCGGAAGCCUGUUUGUUCGAACGAUGGUGUACAAGAUAAAAGCUUGUGCAAUUUAUUUCAGCAGUCUUGCCUGGGAAAUAUAGUAGCUUAUUCAGUAAAAACAGGACCAUGUGACAAGGACUGUCGUCCGCUAUUGGACAUGGCUUUCAUCGUCGAUUCAUCCGCAAGUAUUGGCAAGACAAACUGGGAAAGAACAAAAAGGUUUCUGAAAGCUUUGGUUAGCAAAUUAGACGUUAGUCCUGGGCGUACUCACGUGGCAGCUGUAGCUUACAGUACUGAUCCUAUCGUGAUUAUGAGAUUCAAAGAUGUUCAGGAUACAGACGGGGUGAAUCGAGUGCUUGACGGAAUGCGUUGGCAGCGUGGAUUAACCUACACCGACAAAGCUCUCCAGCUCGCAGACAGAGAUAUCCUCCAAACUUCAAACGGCAUGAGGCCAAAUAUAGCGAAGAUUGUCAUUCUUAUCACUGAUGGGAAGCAGACGAAAGAUGGACAAUAUACCAGCCUCCUGGAGGUCUCCGAGAGAAUCAAGAAAAAGGGGGUCGCGAUGUAUUCUAUCGGUAUCGGUAACGGAGUAGAUAGAAAUGAAUUGGAAGAAAUUGCGUCCAGUCCUGAUAAGGUUUUAACACCCUCGUCCUUUGGAGAACUUCAAGCAAUUGCACCACAGAUGCGAAAAGCGAUAUGCCAAGAUCCCGAGGCCAAGUAUUUAGCCGACGUUAUUUUCUUAAUGGAUGCAUCCAGCGGAACUGCCUCUACAUAUACUACAGAGAAAGAUCUCGUCAAGUCUCUUGCCAGGUACUUAAACAUCGAUCCAAAAGGAACCCGAGCAGCCCUUAUUGUGUUCAAUGGCAGACCUUCGGUAAUCUCUGACUUCGAAAGCUUCAGAUCACUUACCGAGUUUGAAUCGAAGGUUGACGAAGUUCCUCAUUAUGGAGGAGACCGCAGUGUUAGCGAUGCUUUACGGGAGGCGGCAGGGAUGUUUCCGAAGUCUCCGUCUUCUGUUUCCAAAGUCAUCUUUCUUGUUACUUCUGGAAAACCUCUGCAACCGCAAGACAAGAACUCAGCUGGUGAUGUAAUCAAUGAGCUGAGCGCCAUAGGUGUGAGGACGUAUCUUGCGCUGGUUGGCCCUUCCGCCAAAAUUCAAGAUUUUAGAUUCUUAGUGGACAAGACAGAAAGUGUAUUUACCGUAGAAUCUAACGGUGAUGUUCCUAAACAGGUCAAUCAAGUUGGAAGUUACAUUUUGAGUGAAUCGGUUGCACCCAAGAAGCUGAAUCUUUCGACGUACGUAUUGUUUGUUCUUGACUCGUCCAAACAGGUAACUCCUGUUAAUUUCAGGACUCAAAAAGAAUUUGUUAAAUCCAUGAUGAGCCGACUAAACCUCUAUCCGGGCGAAAGCGACUCUCGAGUUGGACUUAUGGUUUACAGCGAAGAAGCAACAGUACUUUUGAAUAUAGAUAAUCGGGAAAGCAAGGCCGCUUUGGAAAGAAUGGUGGAUAAUCUGCCACAUUUAAAAAAAGGCAGAAGAAUUGACAGAGCUUUAGAAGCGGCGACUAACGUCCUGAAAGACGUCGGCACUGAUAACCCGAAGUUUGUUAUCUUGGUGACCGCAGGCCGACAAGAGCCAGAUGCUAAGUCAUUCGCUGCAGCUGUCAAACCUCUACACCAAACUGGAACGAAAACACAUAUCUUUGCGGUUGGGGGUGACGUGGAUCCAAGUUACUUCCAGGGAGGGGAUAAAGCUAAGACAAAAAUUUUUUCCGUUCCUUCUUUCACCGACCUCCCUCAAAAGACAGCAAUGCUGACGGAGGACCUUUUGAAAGAAUACGUUGCUCCACAAUCUACAGUUGCUACCACAACUACAGCUCCAAUCCGAACAACGCCUAGCCCUACAGAUGGAGAUUCCCCUUCAAUGGACAUCGUCUUUAUUUUAGACACAUCUAACCGCGUCACCCAAAGUGACCUAGAAAAACAGAAGGAAUUUGUAAAACUCAUGGCCCAGCGGUUCGAUGUUUCUCCUUUUGCUUCUCAUGCUGCGGUGUUCAGUUACGGCGACAAAACCAUUUUGAUUGGUGGAUUAUACGACCAUGUCAGAGGAAAACGGUUCGAGGACAACGUGGACUCUGUGACUCUCAUUGGAGGAAAGAGAAACAUCCAGGAUGCUCUGAAAGAAGCUACGAGCUACCUUGCUAUUUUUGGACGCCAAAACGCUUCCAACGUUGUCUUUUUGAUAACGUACGGACGACAGUCUCCAGAGCUUGGUUCUCAACGAUUGCAAGAGAUAGUGCAAAACGUCCGGGAUACUAAUGCAAUCCUCUAUGUCAUCGGUGUAGGUGUCGACGCUGAUGAUCAGCAGCUAGGACUUAUUGUAGAGAGUACAACUGACUUCUUUGAGAUUCCUCGGUCUGGUGAUUUGAAACUUAAUGUGCCAUCAAUAGUUUCUUAUACAGUUUCUAGAGCUGAAGUCAAGACGCCAGAAGAUUACAAAGCUGAGGUCAUUUACGUUAUGGAUUCAUCUUCUUUGGUCGGACAAGUAAACUAUCGGAACCAAAAAGAUUUCAUCAAGGGUUUGGCAAGAGCGCUAAAUCACAGUCCCAACUAUACACAGUCAGCCGUCAUCAUAUAUGAUACAUUUCCUGAGUUCGCCAUCCGCAUGGGAGCGUACCCAAAAAUUGGUCCCUUUUCGCAUGCUGUCGACAAGCUUCGGUACCUUGGUGGACUAAGUGGCGGGCUAGAUUGGGCCUUGAAAUUUGCGCCAAGGGGUUUUUCCCAAGACGAGCCCGACGUGCCGAAGAUUAUCGUAUUGAUUGCCAAAACGGAUUUGCAAAACCCAGCAAACAUAGAUUCUCUGUCAGCUGCUCUACGUAAACAAGAUAUAAAUAUAACUGUCGUGGGUAUUGGAUCUGAGUCAAACUUUCCAAAUAUUCGCCGUUUAGUUGCUCGACCAGAGGACUUUCUGACACCGAGAGCAUCUGAUUAUUUGCCAAGCUAUGUUCCAACGGUUGUAUCUGCAAUUUUAUCAGCAACAGAACAAGGUUCGCCAAAUCUUACAACAGACGGAGGCUGGGGCCCUUGGAAUGAAUGGAGCAAAUGCAGCAGGACUUGUGGGACUGGACGACAGACCAGAGAUCGCAGAUGCGACAGUCCUAGGCCACAAAACGGAGGGGAGCGAUGUCAAGGACCCAGUCAGCAGUUACGAAGUUGCCAAAUCGAGGCUUGUCCCGUUGCUGUCACAACCCCAGCUCCGAUCCAGACAACGCCCAGAUCUACAGUGCAUGGAGGGUGGGGCCCUUGGAGUGGAUGGAGCAGAUGCAGCAGGACCUGUGGGAAAGGAUUACAGAUCCAAAAACGCCAAUGUGACAGUCCAAGGCCACAAAAUGGAGGGAGGCAAUGUCAAGGACUCAGUCAGCAGUCACGGGAAUGUAAAAUCAGGGAUUGCCCCGUGCAUGGAGGCUGGAGCCCUUGGGGUAAAUGGAGCAGAUGCACCAAGACUUGUGGGACAGGAUCACAGACCCAAGAACGCAGAUGCGACAGUCCCAGACCGACAAGUGGCGGCAGGCAAUGUGAAGGACCUAGUCAGCAGACCCGGGCUUGCAGCAUAAGGAGCUGUGAAGAUCCUGAGGGUUAUUGUCCGCCGUAUUCGCCAACCAAGCGAUGUCUUGGCCUAGUUCAAGACGAAUGUACCUGUGAUUCCGAUUGUAAUGACGUCGGUGAUUACAAGUGUUGCUUUGACGGCUGCAGGCGAAUGUGCAGAAGCACAGCUGCUCAAGUUUGUACCGCUAGCGUGGACAUAAUCUACCUUAUGGACUCCUCAGUAAGUGCUGGUGACUUUGAGAAACAGAGAGAUUUUGUUCGAGAUCUGGCGCGGAUUUUCAGCCUUGGAGCCAGCCGUGCCGCUGUGGUCACUUAUGACGACAAAGCCACCGCGCGUAUCAACUUUGAUGACUUUGAUAGCACCUUUGAAUUUGCAAACGCCAUAGACCGUAUUAGCCAGAUCCAAACACAAGGGGGAUCUCGGAUCGACCUCGCUCUGAAGAAAACAUCGGAUAUGUUUAAAUCUGCAAGGAUAAAUGUCCCAAAGGUGUUAAUCGCCUUAACAAACGGUUCUCACACAGAAGAUUCAAUGGCACUUAACCAACCGGUCCAACUCCUUCGUGAUCAAAAUGUGCGGAUCUUUGCUGUAGGGAUUGGGUCCAAUGUUGAUAUCAAUAAACUCAAGUCAUUGGUUGAAAGCGAUGCGGAUGCUUUUCUGGUGGAUUUAUUCGUAGAUCUUCUUCGCAUGUCGCAAACAUUUGCUGACAACACUUGCAGUCAAAUCAGUAAUUCCACCAAAUGUGUUCAAGGAGUGGACAUUGCUUUCCUAAUGGACUCGUCCGAAAGCAUUACGGACGAAGAUUUUGAGAGAGAAAAGAUUGCCGUGAAAGAGAUUGCUGGCCUAUUCUUAAGUGCUUCCCCAGACAGUCGUGUUGGGGUCAUUAUGUACAGCGGUCGGCCUGAACUAAUGGUAGACUUUCGAAGUCAAAAUUCAAUCAGCGAAUUCGAGUCUGCCGUAGACGACCUGACGCACAAACGAAGUAUGACAAGAAUAGACAGCGCCCUCCGCUUUGCUGCGCAAACGUUAUUUUUAAAUCCACGAAGCUCUGUGAGUUCCGUUGCCGUAGUGAUGACUGACGGGAUACAGACGCCGGGACCUGGAGUUGAGCCACUAGAUACAGCUGUGUUACCUCUUCGUGAGAAAGGAGUUCGCGUUCUUGCUGUCGGCGUGGGACCGAGGGUGGACCGAAGUGAACUAGAGGACUUGGUAACAAGCCAGGACGAUGUUUUCCUAAUGACUUCUUUCCAGGAAUUACUUAACAAAUCUGCGGAGCUACUGGAAGUUGUCUGCCCUCAGCCUGCAGGAGCUACCAAUAAAACAACAGCGAAUACUACGAAUACUACACCGAGUACUACAAGGGCGACGACAACAUCUACUCCUAUCAUGACCACUCCGACCACCGCCGAACCUGUUCGGUGUGAUAAACUCUUAGAUGUCGUGUUCGUAAUGGAUUCGUCGCGUAGUAUCGACGAACCCCAGUAUAGACAGGAAAAAGAUUUCGUUAAGAGACUCGCUGACAUUUUCAAGAUUGGAGCAGGAAGUAGAGCAGCAGUGAUCAUUUACAGCGAUGAAACACAGCUAGAAAUUACAUUUGAUCAGUAUUCCAACUUGAGUAGUUUCUUAUCGGCAGUGGAAUCUUUACCGUACCUGCAAAGAAGGACCAGAAUUGACAAAGCGCUGACAAUGACUGCACAAGUGUUGGAACAGGCCAGACCUGGCUUCCCGAAAGUUGUAAUUGUUAUGACAGAUGGUCGUCAGACGCGUGACCCAGAUGCACUUGACCUCAAUGUUGCAGCAAAACCGAUUCACGAUCAAGGAGUGCGAGUUCUCGUGGUCGGAAUUGGCCCAGAGAUUUCUGAUGAUGAGCUUCGAUUGAUUGCCAGGGAUUCUUCAUAUGUUUUUAAAGUCGAGACAUUCGAGAAUUUGAAGAAAGCCACCCAAGACGUAGCUUCCACUGCCUGCAUCAAUCCCACUGUCACACAAGCGCCAAAGCCAAAGCCGGGGACCUGCCCAUUCUACCCGAUCAGAAUCAGAUGCGCGGUCACAACCAGCGCAUGCCUUACAGAUAAUGAAUGUCCGGGAAAUUUGAAGUGUUGCUAUGACAAUUGCCGCUCUAUUUGCACUCUACCAGAUUAUGAAGAAACAACAACUCCUUCUUUCAUUGGUUACUGUCCAGCUCCGACGAAUCCACCUGACGGCGUUUGUCCAUCUGGUCGAAGCUCAUGCUACGUUGAUGAUGAUUGUUCCUUUGGAUACAAAUGCUGUCUUGAUGGCUGUGGGUUUUCAUGUCAACCAGCCGUCGAUGGACCCACCACAGCCCCUCCGCCUCAAUGUUCUGAAUCAUUCGAUCUGGUAUUCGCCAUGGAUUCUUCCGGCUCCAUUGGCAAAGACAACUACCAAAAAGAAAAGAACUUCAUCAAUGGAUUAGCAAACAAGUUGGUGGUCGGUCCAAGGAACGUUCAUCUUGGUCUAAUAGUAUUUAGUGACUCGUCAAUUGUGUGGCUCAACUUUGGCACGCCUACGAGCACGAACUACUCCUCAUUUUCCGAAGCAGCAGUAGACAACGCACCAUACCUUCGCGGACGUACACGCAUAGACAGCGCACUUCAGACGGCUGGCGACGUAUUUCCCGAAGGGCGCCAAAAUCAGGAGCCUCAGGUGUUGAUUUUGAUAACUGAUGGCCGUCAAUCGAACGAUCCUGGGUCAGUACCUUUGAAAACAGCUGUGCAACCUUUACGCGAUCAGGGCGUCAAGAUCAUUAUUGUUGGAAUUGGAGAAGAUGUUGAUGAAAUAGAAUUGAAAUCCAUCGUGGAAAACGCAGAUGAUGAACUCUUCCUUGUUGGAUCGUUCCUGGAAUUGGAGCCCUUGCUGAGAAAUAAGAAGCUCAAUGAUGCCAUCUGUUUACAAACAAUAGGUGGUCGUCGACAAAGGAACUUCUCGUAGGAACAAGGAUAGAAAUAAUCGUGAACUACCCAUAAUAAUUACUUUGUAACUAUCAGCUAUGAGCGUUUUUUUUCUGUCUGUAGGAAGGUUUUAGGAAUUAAUAUGCUUUUAACUUAUGUAUGUUGUCUUUUAUCGCAUUUACAGACGCUUAAGGAAAUUAUGAAAAGCUUCCACAAAUUAGUGAAAAGCAGUGUCAUCCCCGUUUUAAAGGUCGUGCGUGUUCGUUUUAACUAAUAAGUAAGGAAGACGAUCUUCAUCGUGGUCUUCCUUUAAUGCCACUGCAAUUUUGCAUUUCAUAGAAACUGGCCAUCAAAGUAAUCACUAUCUAUGUAGGUAGCUUUGAAUUAACCAGCACGAAUAAAGUCAUUGAUACUUGUAUUUUCCUUUGUAAAGAGAACUAUUCUUCUCUUCAGAAGCUGUUUCUCUAUUUUUCUUGGCCUUAAGUUCCCUUAAGUGUUGGAAGAAAGAGAGGGUUGCUCUUCCCCAACGUGCGUCUAUGUGUUAAUGUGUUGCGUGACUUUUAAGUCGUUACGGCCUGUGAGUCACAGUUUUAGGUUUUAUUUUCUCGAUACAUGUGAAUUAUUUUAUGCCAUAAUAAACAAGGGGAAUAAAAAAGACUGGUUGUAAUUUGCAAUUACAUCAUAAAUAUAGAAGAAAAAAAUUGAA